AUGACCGUGUCUCCUGUUGAGCACUUGACUUAUAGUACAGGUCCGCGUGGUUCUCGUCGUCUUCGACGUGCUGCAGCUGGGCUGUUGAACCAUCAAUUUCAUUCACGUUCCACAAUCACCUAUGAUAACGUAAUCGUUACUCCAGGAUGUGCUAGUGCUAUCGAUGCAAUCGCAUUUUCUAUCUGUGAUGAAGGCGAGGGGAUCCUGAUUCCUCAGCCUUUGUACAAUGGUUUCAAUUUCGAUCUUUUGAACAGGAGUAAUGUCCAAGUCGUCGGCGUCAAGUAUGAGAGCGUUGAAGGGUAUACUGGAAUUAAUGAUCUUUUUCAGCCAGAAGUCAAUAAGGCUGCCUUGAAGGCUGCUCUUUCACGGGCGAGGCAGGAUGGUAUUACGAUCCGCGCACUUCUUGUUUCCAAUCCUCAUAAUCCACUUGGGAGAUGCUAUCCUCCCGAAACCUUGAAAGAAUUUGCUUCUUUCUGUGGUGAGAACGAUUUGCACUUCAUUUCUGACGAGAUAUAUGCCUUCUCUGUAUUCUCGAACCCUGCAAUUCCAGCGGCAACUUCGUUCACUUCUGUUCUAAGUUUGGACUUGGACAAUCUCAUCGACCCAACUCGCAUGCAUGUCCUAUAUGGCGCGAGCAAAGACUUCUGUGCCAAUGGAUUACGGAUGGGAUUUGUCUGCUCAAAAAACGAGGGUAUUAUGGGAUCGAUGUCUAGUAUCGGAAUAUUUUCCUGGUCGCCGCAUAUCCUACAGGAUGCUUGGGCUGCUAUGUUGGAAGACCAGCAGUGGUUGGACAGAUUUAUGACGCAAAAAAAGGCUCUCAUGCUAGAUAGAUACCAGACGAUUACCGGCUUUCUCUCUCAGCACGGUAUUCCUUAUUUUGAUAUGAAUGCAGGGCUCUUCCUCUGGGUCGACCUUCGGCACUUACUUGUGUCGAAAUCGUCAAUUCGGCAUUCAGACUAUGCUUCAUUGAAAACCACGUCCCUAGGUGCCCAUUCCAACCUCGAACUCGAGCAGAAUAUAGCAGAUAUUUGCAUAAAAAACGGGGUCAUGAUCGCCCCUGGUCACGUAUAUAAGGCAGAAGAAUAUGGUUGGUUUCGAAUCACGUUCACCGUGGGACAGGAUGCAUUGGAAGAAGGACUGAAGCGUUUUUUGAAAUCUGUUGAAGAGAUGGAAGAGAAGUGGGGAGUGGAAAAAGAGGUCAUCGCGCAAUGA